UGAGCGGCGCCGCCGAGCGGGUUUCCUUUUCCCUCAACCCUGCGGCCGCCGAGGUGUGAGGCGCGCGAUGCUGGCGACGCUGGCGAGGGCAGCGGCCCUGUGGAGAACUAGCUUCCUCUCCGGCUGGGGCGGCGGGAGGGGGCUGUGGACAGGCCGCCCGCAGUCAGACACUGACAAUGUGAAGCCAUUGGAAGGUGUAAAAAUUCUGGAUCUAACAAGGUUUGUUUUGGCUUAUCUAUAUUUUGGAAUUGGUGAUGACACACGAACUUGGGGGCCACCUUUUGUGGACACAGAAAGUACAUAUUUUCUCAGUGUUAAUAGAAAUAAAAAAAGCAUAGCUGUUAAUAUCAAAGAUCCACAAGGGGUGAAAAUCAUCAAAGAGCUUGCAGCUGUUUGUGAUGUAUUUGUGGAAAACUAUGUUCCUGGAAAACUGUCCGCAAUGGGCCUGGGCUAUGAAGAUGUAGACAAGAUUGCUCCUCAUAUUGUGUACUGUUCUAUCACAGGCUAUGGCCAGACAGGACCCAUGUCUCAGCGAGCUGGUUACGAUGCUGUUGCCUCUGCUAUUUCUGGUCUGAUGCAUAUCACAGGCCCUGAGGAUGGAGAUCCAGUUCGUCCAGGAGUGGCUAUGACUGAUCUGGCUACUGGCCUGUAUGCUUACGGAGCCAUCAUGGCCGGACUGAUACAGAGAUACAGAACUGGAAGAGGACUGUUCAUCGAUUGUAAUCUGCUAUCUUCUCAGGUGGCAUGUUUGACCCAGAUAGCUGCUAAUUAUCUUAUUGGCCAAAAGGAAGCCAAACGCUGGGGCACAGCUCAUGGCAGUAUUGUCCCUUACCAGGCCUUUAAAACCAAGGAUGGCUAUCUUGUAGUUGGAGCAGGAAAUAACCAACAGUUUGCCACAGUGUGCAAGAUCUUGAAUUUGCCUGAGUUGAUUGAUGACUCCAAAUAUAAAACCAACCAUCUUCGGGUACAAAAUAGAAAAGAACUUAUAAAAAUACUAUCUGCACGGUUUGCAGAAGAAAUAACCAAAAAGUGGUUAUGUCUUUUUGAAGGCAGUGGAAUCCCGUAUGGUCCAAUCAACAGUAUGAAGGAAAUAUUUGCAGAACCCCAGGUGUUACACAACGGCCUCAUUAUGGAAAUGGAGCAUCCAACUGUGGGGAAGAUUUCAGUCCCAGGCCCGGCUGUGAGAUAUAGUAAGUUCCUGAUGUCAGAGGCAGUGCCACCCCCCCUGCUUGGGCAGCACACAACCCACAUCCUGAAGGAAAUUCUCCAAUACGAUGACAAGGCCAUCAGGGAUCUGCUCAGUGCUGGAGUGGUGGCCCAACAUGAAGCCGUGUGACCAAGGAAACCAGGAUCGGAAUGUCCUUUGCUGACAAAGGCAGUACUCUAUCCAGAUCCUUUUCCCCAAGUCUAAUGCCACUGAGAAUCAGAUAGAAUCCCUCUUGAUAUCAUGCCUGCAAUCUCUCUGGGAGGACCCUGGAAUGAGUGAAUAUAGAGCCCUUCAAGUGUAUGUCUUUUUUUCAUUCACGACCAUUUUGUUUUUGGAAUACAGGUUUAAUUGUAGGUUGGUGAAAUUUUUGAUAAAGAUUUAAUUCUUUUGUUCUCAACCCCAAAGAAUCAGUACGCAUAUAUAAUGGAUAUAUUAAUUAGCUUAAUUUGGUCCUCCUAUAAUGUAUACCUAUGUGGAAACCUUACAUCACACCCCACAGAAUGUACAGUUACAGAUGGGAAAGAUUGAUGGAGGAAGGGAUUGUGACCAGGAAGCAUGGACACAUAAAUGGUCACGUCAAAUUGAACCCCCCUUGUACAGCCAUGUGAAGUUUAGAAAAUUAAAAUAAUAAUAAAUUUUUUCUAAAAGUUU